CCCAUCGGAGGUUGGUCCUAAAUAACCAGAGGGGAAGAGAGAGAGAGCGUUGUUCAGAGUUCAGACCAAGCAAGCGAUCUCUGAGGCUAAAAAGUUGGAAACUCGAAUCACUAUUUGGAACGAGCCAUUCGUAUUCCAUGCCCCUCGUUCCACCACAUAUUUCAAUCGUCAUUCCUUUUCUCUAUUCUCUCGCUUGUUGUACCUUCAACAUUUUCAGCCCUCUCUCUUUCCCCAUUUUGCCGGUGCCACAGUUUCUCAUCCUGUGAAUGGCAUGCUUUCGUGUUUUUGGUGUUUGUUAACUGUAAUUGAUUAGCCUCUCAGAAUAACAGUCAUCUGCUAGUCUAUACUAUCGGAUUCGUCAUGAAUGCUACUAUAGGGAAUCAGCUUAUCUCUGUGACUCCCGAUGAGCUCAGGUUCAAUUUUGAGCUGGAGAAGCAAGCAUUUUGUGAUCUUAAAGUUUUAAACAACACAGAGCACAACGUUGCCUUUAAGGUCAAAACCACUUCACCUAAGAAGUACUUUGUACGACCAAAUACUGGUGUUAUACAGCCCUGGGACUUAUGUAUCAUCAGAGUCACCCUCCAAGCCCAACAAGAAUAUCCUCCGGAUAUGCAAUGCAAAGACAAGUUUCUCUUACAGAGUACAAUUGUGGGUGCAAUUGCUGAUGUUGAUGAGCUUCCACCAGAAACUUUUAAUAAGGAUAGUGGAAACUCAGUAGAGGAGUGCAAACUAAGAGUUGUAUAUGUCACUAAUACAUCGGCCUCAGAAGAUGAGGCAUCAAAGGGCGCUACACAAAAAAAUGAUGACAAUGCUGUUUUACAGCGCUUGAAGGAAGAAAGAGAUGCUGCUGCUAAACAAACAGUCCAACUGAAACAAGAAUUGGACAUGCUGAAAAGGCAAAGAAAAAGAAACGAUCCUGGCUUUUCCCUCACCUUCGCCAUUGUUGUAGGUCUUAUUGGGCUUUUACUAGGCUGGGUUUUGAAACUUGGCUCUGGAAGAUCUUCACAAUCUACUGAAUUUACAUCACCUGCUGGGUUUUCUCCAUCUACUGAAUGAUUUCAUACAUGCUAUUCAGAAUCUUUAUUUGCGGACGUUCCCCUGUUAUUCACAUUGUAAAUUUCUGUUGAAUGGAUCUUUAUUUCCGCUGAUUUGUUCCCCAUAAUAUAUUUAUUAAUUAAUUUGAAGCAUCUUCUCCCGUUUAGACACGAGGCCCAGCUUGCAUCAGUACAGUCAAGAAGAUUUGAAUUGGAUCUGAAUAAAAUUUGGAAUAUUUAACCUUGCCCUGACCAAAUUGGAUCCGACGAAGGAAUUGCUUUCUUUGACAAUGUUGUUAGCAUCAAUUUGUCAAUGGACAAAUAUUUCAUUAUUUUAGGGAAAAAUAUAACUAUUGGUUUUAUAGUUUUAGUCUU